CACCGCCGCCUUUAUCUCCGCUUCUGUUUCCUUCUGCCUAGCUAAGAAGAUGACUGUAGGAAGGUCUGCAGGAUCCCCUGAUGGGGCAGAGUGGACAAGUCAGAUACUUUCCCCCCAAUCCUCCUCUGACACGGAGGCAGAAGACAAACUGUCUGGGGAUGGUAUGGUUUUACCCAGGGCUGGAAAACUCCAUGAGCUCUUCAGCCUAGAGGAUGAGACAGAGUCCACCUCUGUCUCAACUGGAAGCUUUUAUGACUCCCUACAGGUUCUAAAGCAAAGGGACAAACAGGGUCUGUUGGAGUCCCUUUUUCAGGCUGACUCAGACAGUGAUAAGAACAUCUCUGAAGAUGAUGAGGUCCUAGAGAAUUUCUUCCAGGACAAGGGCAGGGGGAAGCCACAGAUCCAGUACCCUGGAUCUCAGAGGUGUGACUCCACAAGGCGCUGCAGCUCCCUGAACAGCCUUUCUUCAGGUCUUCCAAAGGCUCAGGCCCAGCCGCCCUCAGGCUCCAAGCCUGACUCCCAGCACAGAAGUGUCAGCUCCUGGACAUCGUCCAUCACCGUCCCUCAACCAUUCUGCAUGACACUGCGGGAGGCCCAAAAGAAAGCUCAGUGGCUGGCUUCACCUGCCUCCUUUGAGCAGAAGAGGCAGCAGGCCCAGAGGCAGGGCCAAGAGGAGGCUGAGUGCCACAGACAGUUCCGGGCACAGCCUGUACCUGCACAUGUCUACCUACCCCUCUACCAGGACAUCAUGGAGCGUAGGGAGGCCCAGAGACAGGCAGGGAUCCAGAAGAGGAAGGAACUGCUUCUCUCAUCCUUAAGGCCCUUCAGCUUCCUGGAGAAGGAGGAGCAGCGAAAGGAAGCUGCACGACAGAGAGACCUGGCUGCCACAGUGAAGGCUACGGUCCCCCCAAAGAAGGCCAUAAGAAGGAUCCCCAAGUCCAUUCUGGAACCAGCCCUUGGAGACAAACUCGAGGAAGCCGAGCUCCUCAGAAAAAUUCGCAUCCAGAUGAGGGCCCUGGACAUGCUCCGGAAGGCCUCCUCCCCUGUUGCCUCCUCUAGUAGCCGGGCUGAUUCACAGCCCCGCACAGCUGCCCGAACCCAGGAGAAAAAGCUUGGCUUUCUGCAGCCUGACUUUGGAUUCCAACCUCAGGUGAAUCCUGUUGUUCCUGACCAUGAGGGUCUAUAUCAAGCCUUCCAGAGAAGAGCUGCCAAGAGAAAGGAAACCCGGGAGGCAACUCGCAACAAGCCCUUCUUGCUGAGGACCGCCAACCUGCGUCAUUCUCCAAGAUCCUGUGAUGCUUCCACCACUGAAGGAAGGAGGGGUUCCCCAGAGCCACCAGCUACACUCCUAACAAGGAGUCAUUCUCUGAGUGGCCUUGCUUCCCUCUCCACCAACACCCUCCCUGUGCAUAUCACAGAUGCCACCAGGAAGAGGGAAUCUGCAGUCAGAAGUUCACUUGAAAAAAAAGACAGAGUAGAUGAGAGCAUUCGGUGGUUGGAGAUGCACAAAAAGAAGUGUCAAGCAAUGUCUAAAUCUGUGACCUUGCGUGCAAAAGCCAUGGAUCCCCAUAAAAGCCUGGAGGAGGUGUUCAAAGAAAAGCUGAAAGAGAACCGGAACAAUGACCGUAAAAGAGCAAAAGAGUAUAAGAAAGAAUUGGAGGAAAUGAAGAAGAGAAUACAAAAGAGACCGUAUCUCUUCGAACAAGUUACCAAGGACCUUGCCAGGAAAGAAGCAGAACAACGGUAUCGAGACACCCUGAAGCAGGCUGGACUGGAGGAAGACUUUGUGAGGAACAAGAGUCGAGGCACCCGGGCUGUACAAUGGAAGGAGGAGUCUAAUGCCAAGGAUUCCCCCAGCAUCUAUGAAACUACAAACCUCAGCAUCAAUGAUCCACAGAAGGAUUUAGAAGGAUCUCUAGAACAGCUUCUAAGCCCCCAAAAAGAAUCGGAGGAGCUGUAUUAUGAAUCAUCAGACCAUCUGAAAUCAUUGGCCUAAUCAGCUCAUAUGCAGACAUGGUCUUUUCUGAUGGUAACAGAAGGAUGCUCUCAAACAACCAUCUGGGUUUGCUAGUUAGAAAUGAAGACACUCAUGUUUCCUAAGACUCCUCAGUUCUGCUUUACCUCAUGGAAUCCUAACAAUAAAUCAGUGUUCUAUCUUUAAA